AUGAGGCGGGGGCGGUGGCGCGGGCGGUGGGCGCGGGCGGUGGCGCGGGCGGUGGCGCGGGGCGGUGGCGCGGCGUGGCGCGGCGGUGGCGCGGGCGGUGCGCAGGGCGGCGUGGGGCGGGCGGUGGCGCGGGCGGUGGCGCGGGCGGUGGCGCGGGCGUUGCGCGGGCGGUGGGCGGGCCGGUGGCGCGGGCGGUGGCCGCGGCGGGGCGCGGGCGGUGGCGUGGGUGGUGGCGCGGGCGGAGGCGGUGGGUGGGCGGUGGGCGCGGGCGGAGGCGGUGAUGAGCGGGCUCGGGCGGGAGGGCGGAAGCAGGAAGGGACGGAGCGGAGCAGAGAGGAACGGGGCGGAGGGGGGAGGGGAGGGGCGGAGCGGGGCGUGCCAGACAGUGCGGCGAGGAUUCAAAGCGCACCGCCCGCGGAUGCAUCCGCCGCCUGCGCACGUGUUUAUUCGGCGAUGACGGCGCCGCCCGGAGCACUGGCCCCGAGAGACGGAAGUCAUCCUAAGGAGAAGGUCUCCACGACCACAGACUACAUCCAGUGCAAUGACGUCAUGCUUAUUUCGGAUUAGUACACGAGGCCUUCAGAGGGCUCAGCGGCGCCGGAGAGGCAUCGCGUCUCACAGCCCCGCUCCCAGGCAGCCUCCGCUGCGCUCCGCUCCGCACCGCUCCACUCCGCGUCUCGCCUCGCUGCGUCCCGCCAGCCAGCGGCGGUGGCGGCAUCGGCCAGGUUAAUAUUACGUAAUUUAAUUUCACCUGCGCGCAUCCCUUUCUUAUGGAAAUACCACGCGCUCGCCGGCUUUCUCCGCGGGGAUUCCCAAAUCGCUUGGCGCGCUCGCUGCGCCCCUGGCGGCCGCGUCGGAGAUCGCUUACCGCGCCGCACAGUGGUAGGAGAACAUUCGGGGCCCGUGCGCAUCGCGUUCGUGCCAAAUUACUAUUAUA